AAGAUCAGCCAAACUUGCCAAUAAAUACCUUCGCUCUAAUCCCAUUUUCCCUCUUCUAGCGUACGCCCUUUUAUUUUCCCUCUGAAUUCCGAAGAAAAAUUUUUCCAGUAAUAGUACUUCUUCGAUCUGGCUCUUGAUGCCCCCGAGUCUUCUGCUUCAAGCUAUAGCUAGUGAGGCGUGUUUCGUACAAUUAAGACUAUUUGCUAUAUAAUAAUUCUUAUUCUCCGAAGGUGGAUCGACGGCAUGGAAAGAGGCCACUUCCAUCGGAAGCACCAGAGGAGAAAGAGAAAGAACACGAUGACUUCCCUUCUUAUUCAUCUUCUUGGUCUGAAACAGACAUGUCUGCCAUGGUUUCAGCUCUCUCUCAAGUCAUCGCUACAACCACCGGAGAUAACCCAAAUAUGGUGGUGCAACCAAACCCACUAGCUGCAGAGCAAUCCAUUGUCAAAGAGGAACCUGAUCAGUCUCAACCAACCCAAGAUCAAGAUAAUACAAGGAGAAGACACUAUAGAGGAGUAAGACAAAGACCUUGGGGCAAAUGGGCAGCAGAAAUACGUGAUCCUAAGAAGGCAGCACGAGUCUGGCUCGGUACUUUCGACACCGCCGAGGACGCAGCACUUGCAUAUGACAAAGCAGCUCUCAAGUUCAAAGGCACCAAAGCCAAGCUUAAUUUUCCUGAAAGAGUUCAAGGGAAACCCGAGUUUAGCUUCUUCACUACUUCUGGCGGUUCAAGUGUUUCUCGUGAACAAAGUCAAAUGCCAGCGGCCAUGCCAGCUCCUUCUCAUCUUCCUCCUCCUCAUCCUCCAUCAUUUCCACAAGAAACUUAUCCAGACUUGCUUCAAUAUGCACAAAUUCUUUCCAGCAACGAUGCAAAUUUACCUUAUUACACUUCAAAUCUCUUUAAUCAGCAGCCUUAUGUUCCGUAUUAUCCAUCAAGUUUUUCAUCACAGCAGCAGCAGCAACAGCAACAGCAACAACAACAGUAUCAUCAGUUUCAACAGCAAGAUCAGAUGACAUUCUCGCCGUGGUUCGAUAGCUCGUCUGGUUCCAAUUAUCAAGACUAUGAUCCUUCUAGUAAACCUAGCGAGUAGUAUAUCUCUGGCUUCCUCAUUACCAUAUAAGAAAAAAUAUAUAUCUGUAUCCACCCAUUAGUUAGCUAAUCUGAUCAGUGGGAUUCCAUAAACAAGAGCUUCUAAGGAUUUUUGCAAUGUUUUUGAAGCUCUUUGCAUUUACCCAUUUUUAGAUGCUUGGGAUGACGAUGAUAUUAGUCACCCCAAUGAUCUCCUUCCAGUCUGCAUGGUGUGGAAGCUCGAGGGCUGCGAGAGAUUUUGGCUAGUGUUCCUUUUUUUUCUUCCCUAAAAGUCUAUUUGCUUUGGCUAUCCAAUGCCAAAGUAGAAAAACGCUUUUGAAUUUUUUACUGAAGUAAUGAUGUUUGUAUGUGACAACUAUCGGCAAAGUUGAAUGAAUUGGGAGUUGGUUUAUUUUAUAUAUUCAA